GGGAGGGCGCGCGGCGAGUCCCUCGAUGGACGCCUCUGCGUUGCUCCGUGCGCGAUUUACGAUCGAUAGCGUCUCGCUCGCGGCGUGCGACGGCAGGGGUGGGCAGGGGAGAGGAUCAGUACCGUGGGAUUCACGAUCGUUGCCGUGGAAUGCGAGGUAGCCGCGAAACGGCCGGCUCGUCGCGCAUCUUCGUCCUCUGAUGUGACGGCGAGCUCUCGCCUCUUGGACACGACGAGUCUUCCUCCCCCCCGCGAAUGUAGCCGUGAGAGCUCGUUUCCUUCCUCCGUAAGGUUUCGCCAAACGAAUCCAGGACUCUUUCCCCUCGAGAAGACUGAUGCAACGCUCGCCGACCGCCGGGGUUCCUCGGUGUUGAUUCGACUGACUCGAGCGCGUCUCCCCCCUCGCUUGGAAUGGAGGUGAGAGCUUGGCUAGGCUGAUGGAGAAGAGUCAAUUUCUGCGUUCAGCCGGAAAACCCAGUCAGCAAAAUCCGGACACUAAAGUUCCUCUGCCGUUAGAACCCAUAAAGUCGAACCAGGUUGAAGACAGACGUCUAUGGGUGGGCAAUUUAGAUUUAAGAAUUAACGAGUACCAACUCCUGAAACUUGUCCAAAAAUACGGCACAAUCGAAAAGUUCGACCUGUUGUUUCAUCGGUCGGGACCUCAAGCUGGUCACCCCAGGGGAUAUGCGUUUGUUACCUACAAAACUGUCCAGGAUGCCAAGAGGGCGAAAGAUGCUUUACACAACUUGAAUCUGGGAUCUAAGAAUAUUAUUGUAAGAUGGGCGCACAGCGUCACCGAGUCGGACACGGAUAAGCCAAAGCCAAAGAUAGAUAUUCCUGCCCUAGCUGGCGCGAAGAAGGACGAUAAAAGGAUAAGUCGUGAGACGGCGAUUCAAGCGAUCGAGGCGAAACUCAAGUUGAUGAAAGAAUCGCAAGAGGAGUUCGAGUUGAACAAACCGCUGGAAGGGUCGCCGAUUGUGCAUCUCUAUCAAAAAGCGGAGAAUCAAAAACCGUCCACCUCUUCCACGCGUCAUCAUAGCCGUGGGAGCCUCUACCAUCAUAACAAGCCGUACAGUCGUCACAAGCCGCGGAGAUAAUUCUCGAUAUAUGUAUUUUUUUUAUUUCAUUUUUAUCGCUUAAUUUAUCACUCAUUAUCCCAUUUGUUUUGUGAUUAAUAUUUAUAUUGUUUUUAACGUCUGCGUUUGAUACCGCUUAUUAAGAAGAUAUUGUGUUCUCGCGUACAAGAGUCUCUCGUAUGUACUAUUCGCGUUGCGAAACGCCCACGCGUUCGCGAGCGAUUCGACCCUCGAUAGCGGGCAGGCAAACGCGUCGAUUCCGACAGGCAAGGAGGUAAAUGUGAAACAUAUUAGAGCUAUGAAUACUUAAAAUCGUCCGCGGUAUAUAACGCCCUCGAUAUAUGUAUACGCCAACGUACGUGUAUUUUCACAACGUAUGGACAUCUUUUUUUACAUGACGUGCUUUGGGACAAAACAGUGUGCUCGAGUUACUUCCAUCGUUCGUACUUUUGGAUAUGACGAAAGACGUGCGUCCGCGCACGCGAGCGUAUAACGCGUACAUUAUAAAAAUACAAUAACGCAAGUGUAACGUGAAUUCG